AUGGGAAAUAUAACACCAGCACCAUCUAUUGAAGAAGUUUCAUCAAUGCUAAAUAGGAGUCGCCGUGAAUCUCUCACUGGUCAAAGAGAUCGAUCCGCAUCUCCAAUCCGAAGAACUCCCAGCAGAAGAGAUGAAACUACCAAUCGAGAUAAUGCGGGCAGAAAUUUAAAUAAUGCGACGUACUCAUCGUCAUCUGAGUUAGCAAAUAUGAUCUCAAAACUUAAUACAUCUACAUCACGGAGUGACAGUGAUCUUAGUAUGCCUGACGUUGGAGAUAGUCAGCCACCUCAAGUGGAACCUAUAAAUGAAGAGGGGG